CGGUUUUCGUUCUCUCAAUAAAACUUCGCGAAUGAAAACAUGGUGUCCAGGGAGUGGCUCUAAAUAAAACAACAUAAAAAAGUCAGCCAGUUCAACGUUAACACUGUCCAAAUUUUAAGGAAUAUCGUACGAAUCUACGAAUACCGACAGAAUAGCAUAGUUGUCAUUUAGCUGGUUUCAUUUCCGACCGUAUAAAUCAUCAGAUUGUGAAUUGAAUCGGUUUCGUUUUUCGUGUGAAAAUUAUUGUGAAAAGCCGAUAAACAAAAGGUGGCUCUUCUCUGUACAAUAUCAUCAUUGUGCUGGAUUUUUAUUUGUUUAUUUCAGUGUGUUCGACUGAUGAAGCAAUAAAUUUAUAUUCGCUGCUGUCAAUGUAAAGGUUUCGUUUUGAUCGAACACCAGUUAAGUGUAUUGUCACUAAAUUUAAAGACUUGACAGUAUUAACGUUCAUUAAAUUGUGGAACAUAAGAAAAAAACAUUCUUGAGACACCGGAAUCUAAUUAAGUGAUGAUAGUGACAUCCAACUAAAUAAAGUCAACGAAAACGUAGAAAAAUGAUGGGCACUGCAGCACCUCCACGUAACGCAUAUCCUGGUGCACCACCAGGCUCAAUAAAAGGCGGACAAAGGCCUGCAAUGACAAGUCCUGCUGGCGGUUUGGCCGGCGCACCGUAUCGCGGAGCUGGAUGGACGCCUCAAGGAUACGCUCCGACCCAACAGGCAUAUAGAUAUACAGCUCCGAUUCAUCAACCAUCAUAUGCUGCUUACACACCACACACAACUGCGUACGGCCAACGUGUGCCAACAGCUGCAUCACCCAGUAACACAAACUCAAGUAGCUCAUCAAAUACAGGUUCACAAAGUGGAACUUUAAGUACUAGUCUGAGUAAUACUAACACAAAUACCACAAUGGGUCCGAAUGGUACAUCUCAAGUACAGGAAACAUUGUCUAAAACAAACUUAUAUAUUAGAGGAUUACAACAAUGCACAACUGAUAAGGAUUUAGUUAUUAUGUGUCAACAAUACGGAACUAUCAUUUCCACUAAGGCAAUUUUAGAUAAAACAACAAACAAAUGUAAAGGUUAUGGUUUUGUAGACUUUGAAUCAGCCGCAUGUGCUGAAGGAGCGGUAAAAGGGCUCCAAUCGAAGGGCAUUCAAGCUCAGAUGGCCAAAGUGGGUAUCUGGAUGUUACACAGGCCGGCGAUUCAACAAGAACAGGACCCAACCAACCUGUAUAUCGCCAACUUACCAACAGCAUUUAAAGAGACCGAUCUCGAAAAUCUUUUAUCUAAAUAUGGCCAAGUCAUUUCCACUCGCAUAUUACGCGACCAGCAAGGGCAAUCGAAAGGUGUUGGUUUCGCUCGAAUGGAAUCUCGUGAGAAAUGUGAACAAAUUAUCCAAAUGUUCAACGGUACUCAAUUAACCGGUGCUAAAGAUCCAUUGCUAGUAAAAUUUGCCGAUGGUGGUUCAAAGAAAAAGGCCUUUAAGAGUCCCGAUCCGAAUGGUCGGGCUUGGCGAGAUGUGACAGAAGUAAAUAUCCUUCAGGGAAUUCCAGUUGCUUACGACACCGCAGCUAUUCCACAAAAUGGCGUUAGUAUGAAUGUUGGCGCUCAGCUUGGUACACCAUUUCCACGAUAUGUACCACAAGUGGGCAGUUAUGCAAUGCCUGGAUAUGCAGUUCCGGGUUAUAUGAUGACUUCACAACCAAUGGCUCAGGUUGAUGAUCAGAUUCAGUAUAUGCAGAUGGCUCAAUUAACCCAGGCAUAUAAACCUGAAGGUGUAUCACAGGUUCAACCACGUGGCGUGUCGAUGAUUAUGAGUAGCGAUGCUGGAGCUGUACCAUACGGACAUAUGAUGCCACCUAUGGCAGCGUUGCAAAUUGGCUCAUCGUACAUAAGUCCACCAUAUCCGUACUAUCCACAAACGAUUAUACCAACAAUGCAAAUGCCUGAUUCAGAGCAGGCUAGUACUGCAGCUUCGCCAGACGAAGCUUACACUCAGUAUUCACAUCCUGGUGGACCGAAAUAGGUCAUGGAAUGUUUCGAAUACCAAAUACCUCAUGCAUCUCAUCCAAUUCAGAUAAUUGUAUGAAAAACGCAAGAAGACGAUUUAAAAAAAAGAAGAAAAACUGAGAAAAUAAUUAAUGACUGAAUGAGAUUAACUUUUUUUUGUCUGCAACACACAACAACAAUAACAACAACCAAACCAACAACAACAACAAAGGAGAGACGAGAAAAUUCAAAAGUGACAAACUUAAAAAGCAAAACAAAAAAUUAAAUACAUUUUUAGCCAUAUAAAUAUUCACGACGACAAAAAUGUAUGGACUGGACUGCAUAAUUUAUUUGAGUUGAACUGUUAAAGCGACAAUGUCACUCGGAUGUUGUUUUCUUUUUCAACCUCAUAGAAACGGCUAGUCAUCUGCUAUCGACAACGACGGCAAGAAUAGGCGAUUGAUUGAUUGAGACUAGUGUUCUCUUACAUUGCAGAUAGAAAUAUUGAAGUGAUAGAUUUUGUAUCAAACACUAGCUGACAGUUUAUACAAAUCAACGAUGUAAAAAAUUUUGUUGCGAUAUACGUUUGCCGUUUCUAAAAGGUUGAUAGAUUUUUUUUUUGUUGAAAAAUGUGACUCAAUGUAUCUUCAAUUUUACCAAGAUACAUCGGACGAAAAUAAAUACAAGUUUUCCAUAGAUGAAAGUAUAUUUCCAAAUGAAAAAGAAAAAUGAUGAAAAGAAGAAGGAAGAAUGGAUUGAAGUUUUAGAAAGAAAGAAAGAAAGAACAGAAAUGCAAAAAUAUUGUACGUAUACUUUAAAGAUUUUUUUCUUUGUUUAUUCGUUUCGUGUGUCUGCAAAUCAGAAAUAGUUGCAGAUUAAAAAAAAAACAAAAACAAAUUGUAGUGGUUAAAUAAGAAAGAGAGGUUUUAGUUGCUUGUUGUAUAUUUGAAAAACUAGUUUUGUACAUAGAAUUUCAAUUGAAAUGGCUUUAUGAUUACAAGAAAUGAUGAACAGAGAAAUUAUUGGAUACGAAAUUUGAACAGCCAAAAUUGAGAUGAAAAUUUUGCGCUGGAUUGUAAUAAAAAUGGAAGUAAUAAAGAAAAUAGUAAUCAUAUGUUGCGCUGUGGAUUUGCGUCUAAGUAGUUAAUUUAUUUUUUAGUUUAAUUUAAAAUGAAAAAAAAGAAGAAAAAACUUAAAAUUAAGUCGUAAACUUAAGAACAACAAAAUUAGGAUUAAAGAUGGAUAAACGAAAUAAAAAAAGUCAAGUCUCGCUGUGUGUAAAUAUAUAGAUUGUCGGAUGUGAAAAGAUGGACGGUGAUUAGGUUAGGUUAGGUCUUUUUUGUUUUAUUUUUUAAAUUUUUUUGUUUUUCUUCUAAAUUAUAUAAGGAUAAAGCUUUUACCGUGUUAAGUUAUUGAAAGUUAGGAAAAAAUAAAUUUUUUUGUAGGAUUUAAGGAUUUAGGUUAUCACUUAGACACUAAAAGGAAAACAAAUUCUUUAAGAUAUGGAAAAAGAACACAAAAAAAAACAGUUUUUUUUGUACAUAAAAUUCGAUGAAUUAUUUAACCUGUUUGACACUUAAACAGAUCUAUUAGAAUGUUUCAAAUUUGAAAUUUUCAAUUUUUUUUUGUUCUCUCUCUUCCUUUCCUUUUUCUAUCAAAAUUGAGAUACCGCUUUUGUUAUGAACUACGCUACGAUUUUGUGGUGAUAGUGAACGAACAGGAUGCCACACAACACACACACACUGUACGUGUCCAAUAAGCAUAGCAAAGUAUUUAAAAGUAGAAAAGAAAAAAAAAUGAAAAAAAUUAUUUCAAAUAAGAAUGUCAUGAACGGAAAGUGAUUAUGGAUACAGACGAAAUGGAAAAGAAUUUUAAAUUUUUUUAUUUAAUCAACGAUAUUGUUGGGACAUGUGCAAUGAAAUAAACAGAAGUUCGUGCAUUCAAAUUUUCGAUAAUUUUAUUAUUUCAUUUUCUGAUUCAACAGGAAAUUUCAAAUGUAUAGAAAUGUAUAAUAGUCUUUUAGGGUAGAGACGACAACGUUUUCCAUGGCAAAGCGUGUGGGAAUGGCAUGGAUUAGACAAAAAAACAAAACAAACACCAAGAUUUCCCUUUUUUUUUCGCUAACAAUUGUACAUAGACUUAGAAAUUUACGCAAAUUCAUCUGUCAUUUUCGUUGAUUCCGGUUAAUCGUUUCAUCCAUUUGAAUUUUCGCGCGGCUCGUUGACUAAUACGAUUGAAACUCCCUUCAAAUCUCUGAACAUGUCAGAUUUAGAAAGGAUCAUUUUACGCUCUACCCUGACGUCACACCUAAUUUUUUUUUGGAUAAAUCCUCAUGGAAAACACUGGUCGUACUGGAAGCCACAUCCCAAUUUUCAUUGUGCUGCACAUACCAUUAUUCCUGUGCCGUUUCUGUAUUCGAACGUUGUGCAGUAUUGAAUACAAAUCUAUGUGCCGUAUGUGUCCUAAAUGCUCGUACAGUAUAACCGAAAACUCUUUUUGGAUUUGUAGAUGGUUGUCUGGGAUGUGUUUUUCACGUCAAACCACAAAUGCACAAUUCGUAUUUACAGUUGCUAGACAUUUCCUAUAAUUUUGUGAACGUAAGGCCGGCGAAUUACGAUCGACAAUUGCAAUGAAUCGAAUGAUGAUAAUGGAAUGGUGUGUAUAACCACAACUACUGUACGAUUUCCCUUUAUUUAUUCACAAUAUUCAAUUUACACAGGAAAUGGUUUGCCAAAUGGGAAGCCGAAUAUUUUCUCCGAAAUUUCAUCACUUCUUCACAAUUUAUGCAAACAAACAAAAAAAAAUGUUAGUCUUCCAACCGUAAUAAAUGUAAGCUCUUGUACAUACUCUCAUUCAUAAAAUUGACUUGCAGUCACAGUAAACACACACACACACACAACUGCAAGAACAUUCCUCAGGAGUAACUACUGACUUUAACGUAUUGAAAGUAGAAAGCUCUUUUGUUCGUUUUGAAUUGGUUGACGCUCUUAAAUAAAAGGCCGUUGAAAUUACAAAUUAUCAUUUGCUGUGCGGUGCUACAAGAGGGUUUUUGCUAGGCUGUAGCAUCGUAUAGCAAAAUGUUAUCGUUAGGAAAUCGUGAAUUGCUUCUCAUGCUGUAAAUUCUAUCAGUGCAGUAAGACUUCAUAGGAAUUUUAGAAUUUCAAGAAAAUUUCUUAUCAAUUAUUCAUUGAACAUUUAGAAAACGACGGCAAAGUUCGAGGCAAGUAUAGACUGGAUAUUUUUCUAUCCAAAACCGGAUCGAGUUUAUUUAGGUCUUAUUGUAGGACUGUAGCAAAUAUUAAAUUGUAUUUUGUAACGAAAACCAAUCUAAAUGCAAAAAAAAGCUUGUAAAUGCAGGACAUAGGCUCAAGAAAUUGAAUAAACGUGAAUCGUAGAUGGGCGAACUUUAACAAAAGAAUGCACCAGAUUCACCACACCAACAAAAUAAAAUGAACAAAUCGAUGAAUUUAAAACACAAAUAAAUAACUUUGAGAAAAAUCAUUCUGUAAUAAAACGUUAUACGAUAUAUAGGUAAAAUCUGGUUUCAUCAAAACAUUUUACAAAACAAACUUUAAACGAGAGACAAAAUAAAAAUGUUGUACGAAAGUUAUAUACAAAAAAGAAAGAUAAAAAAAAACCAAUUAACUAAAACUACAAAAUGUUCUAGAGGUAGCUGAAUUAUGUGACAUUUUAAAUUGGAAUGGAAAUUACAUUCGUUUCACAAUUUAUUUCGUGAAUCAGAAUUUGUUUUGUUGUGUCGAAUUUAUCUGAAGAGAUUUUGCCAAGCGAAUACUAAAAUAGUUUCGGUUCAUCAAGGAACAUAUACAUCAUAGACGACGUGGGAAGUAUUUCAUUACAAUAAAAAUUGUCUCUUCCAAAUCGUUCAAGUUUGUUGUACAGUUUAUCAGCAAAGAAAAAAAAACGAUGAAAAUGUUAGUGAAGCAUGAACGGAGGAUUUUUUUUUAUAUAGUGAGGAAAUUGAGUGCUCUUGUUUGAGUUUUUGCACUUCUGUGUAAUAACUUGUGACGUGAAACAAUGCAUUAGUGUCUCGGAUAUAUGGAAGAAAUAGUCAUUUACAUAACAAGGGAUAAAAAGUGGAAAAAUCCAGAUUUUGUGUGAACUUUGUUGAUCUGCGGCGUAGCCGUGGUCAAUAAACACACGCACACGUAACUUUUCACUUUUACCCCGAAUUCUGUAAUGCAUUUCUAAUGUGAAGGCCGUUGAAAGUUGAUGAAAGUCGAUGAAAAGAACGAUUUUCCCUUGCGGGUGGAAUAGUAAUUUAUUUUGCUCACGUUUUGUGAUUUUAUAUCAAGGAUAAUAUAACCUCUGCAUAAUGAGACACUCACUUCGUUCAGCGCAGUACAAUUACGAAGCAAAAGUGAAUGGGCUGAGAAAUAUUUACCCGUUCCCAUACCUCAUACCUCGAUAAUUUUAUUAUCGCCAAACGAUCACGAUUAGCCAAUUUUUAACGAUCUACUCGUCCGCAUUGGUUGUUCUCUGUUUAAAAACUUUUCUGACGGCUAUGUCACCUGUUACUAUUUUCUCAGUCUUAGAAAUGAUAUGCUUGCCGUCUGUGAUAAGGUUCAAAACUGGUCAAUUGUCCUAAUAAAUAGUUUUCAGAGCGCAUGUAUGCAUCCGGUAUGGUUAGUAGACAUCAGUGCGAUCAAUGUACAUAGACUGCAGAUGGAUCUGACAAAUCCGAUCUGUUGUGCUUUGUCGGUCAUUAUUUCAAUCGAUUAUUGAAUCAAUUUUUCAUGACCCUAAAAGGACGACCAUUCAGAUGCAACUACAUGCAACUAUACUUCUGCAAAUUGUUGUUUUCUUGAGCCGAUUGCGAGUGAUUGAAGAAAUUGUAAAGGAAAAUUUAUUUAUGAGUCAAAACCUAAUAUAUUUGAAGAGAAUUUAUUUCUUUCCCGUUUUUCGUUUUCUUUUUUUAGAUUUGAAAACUUUUUGCUUUUUUGUUCAAUUCAGAAAUACAAAAACGAACGAAGUAAAUUUCUAAGCUUAGAUUGAAAACCAAAUAAAAUAGAAGUCAACUGAAAAAAAGAUAGUUUAUAUAUACAAUUAGAUUGAUGCUUUUGAAAGCAAGUUAAAAGAAGAAGAAGAUUUAGUAAUGAGAUGAAAAUGAAUGCAGCAUCUAGAUGUUGCUGCUUAGUUUUGUAAAAAGAAAUUUAUAUUCAAAAACAAAAAAAAAACAUAUUUGAAUGAAAGUUAUAGAAGAGGAAAAGAAAAAGAAAAAUGAGAAGAGAAAAUAGUGUUAAACAAUAUGAAAUUUAUACAUUUAAGUGAAAUUAGUGACUAAGUUAAGUUUAGUAUAACUAAUUUAAAGAUGAAAGAAAAUAAAAAAAAUUUAAGAAUAUAAGCAAAAAAAAUCCUGUUUUCACAAAUGAAACAACAUAGUCGUAAGCGAUCUAAAUAAGUAAGAAAGUCUUUUUUUAGCUGAUAAGGUCAUAUAUAUUUAAAUGAUUAGUGACACUAAGGAUUAAAAUAAAAGAAAGAAAGAAAAAAAAUUAGAAUAGAAGCAGAACACUCUUCUUGACGUGCCAGUAAACCUUCAACUUGUUCACAACACAUUUAUCUUACAUCACAUGAAAAAGAAAAAAAACGGAUUUAUUUCACUAAAAAAUUAAUGGAAAUGAGAAAAUUGAAAUUCUAUCAAAAAUGAGGAGAUGAUCCUAAAGAAAGAAAUCAACAUCCCAUACAUCAAAAGUUAUACACCCUCCCCUCCCAGAUACAAAUUCUAUCUUGCAACUUUUUACAACUAAGUUAAAGGUUUACUAGCGGUGCGGGCUUCCACCUUCGAUUUAUUUAUAUAAAAAUAUCUCCUUGAUCUGUGAGAAUGGUGAACAGCCCAUAGAUGGAAAUAUUUUAGGGUUAAGUUAUUGAAGAAGAAAAGAAAAGAAAAAAAAAACAGAAAAUCGUUAGGUCGUAAGUUAUUGAUGAAAAGAUUAGAUUUAAAAAAACAAGUAGAUGAGUCGUAGAUAAUAAUGGAAUUAGAAGAAAAAAAAGCUGAUUUUUAGAAAUUUAGAAAUUUACCGUAGUAACCGUAGUGCUCUAGAUUUUCAGAAGAAUAAACAAGAAAAAAAAAUCCUGCGUUCUCAAUCUCCUGCCAUAAUGUUUUUUUCAUGUUAGGAGAUAUGGAACCGGAAAUGAAAAAAAAAUGUUUAUGUGAGAUGUGGUCUGUGUUUUGCAACCUCUCUCCCUAGCAGAAAUUUGUAGCGAGUUUUUCUAGAGAUAUAUUCACUAGAGUGUAGUUAGUCAACAACAUCAGAUGAAAAAAAAAAUGGAAAAUCAUAAACAAACAAAAAAAGAACCGAAAAAAAUAAUGAAAUUAGGGUUUAAGUAGUUAGGUUUAAAAAUUUAAAUUGAAUUUAGUCACACAAAAUGAAGAAGUUGAGAGAAAUAAUAAUGAGAAGAAGAAAAAAAACGAUGAAAAUUUCGACAUUUUCACGGAGAUAAGCAAAAAAGAAGAAAAAAAACUUUGAUUUUUGACACACAAGAAACGUUUGAAAAAUUCAAAAGUAAAACUGAAUCAACUUUGAAAAUAUAACAAUAUAUUUUUGAUAGCCGAAGUAUAAUGAAUAAAAAAAGAAAAGAAAAACAACAAAAUAUUUAAAAAAAAAGAAGAAAAAUUACUACAAGAAAAUAUUUUGACAUUUUUUAGAUGUUGUGAUCUGUUGUUAAAGAACUUAUAAAAAUCAAAUUCAUGGAAGAACAAAAAGAGAAAAAAAAGAAGAGAAAAACAUUUGCCUUUAUUAAUGAUGUAAACCGUUAAUGUACUUAUGUUUCGUUGAGCAUUAGCUAUUUAACAAUCAUGAACUCAAUGCAUCCAAUUUUUUUUGCGACAAAAAAAAACCGACGUCACAAAUUGUUCAACAAUUUUAUGAAGAAUAAUCGUGUCAAAGCUAUUGAUCGUUUGAUUGAAAAUCCUUUGCAGCUUCUAACCGGCAUAAUGUCGUUGGCUGUAUAAUGCAACCUACAUCGUCAUUUCUGAAUAUAAACGUUUUGAGUUUUCCUAUUAUCGAAAUAUCGAAAAGCUCCCGGCUCUUAAAACGCAUUCGAAUCCCUUACAAUCUUCGAAAGGCGUACGUCAUGUGAUUUUGGUUCGUAAUUUCUCAAUGAAUUUGUCUUAUCCAUCGAAGUCACAGAGCAGAAGCACAUUACAGUUCAUUGAGUUAUUCAGUUACGAAAUGCCCAGCUAAAAGUAAAUUUUGAUUUCUUUUAAAAAUAUUUUUGUUUUCAUUCCGAUCAUAUGAAAAUUUUCUUGACGUUCCCAUGUUCAACCUUUCACAGACGGCAAGCUUAUCAACAGUUUAUAUUGGAUCUAUUCCUUCAUUUGAUAUCUAAAUAUUUUCAAGAGAUUGAUUUUCAAAUCUUUUACUUCAAUUUUUUGAACGGUUUUUUGCAUUAGUCAGAGUCUGCUGUUUAUUCUGAAAUUCGUUGUCGAUAACAGAUGAUAGCCGUCUGUAACAGUAUAUUAUACGAUCCUGGAAAAAUAUUUUUCGCUAUCCUCGGCCCAAUUGAAGGUUUUCGUCAAAAGCAAGUUGUUUACGAACUCAGUCAGAUCUUUCCAUAUAUUAUUUUACCUCGAUAAGAAUUAUUUUUGUUUUGUUUUAAUUUUAUUUAUUAAACUUCUUCUUAAUAGGACCAACAUUCAACAUCAAAUUCAAUUCAACUUACGCUGGUGUAAUAUUAAACGAUUUAAACUGCCAAGUAUGUUUUUCGGUGUGUUUAUGUAAUUAUUGAAAGUGGUUGGAAUUUUUUUUUAUUAUAUAAAAAAAGACAAAUAAAACUUGAGUGUAAAAGACUGAUUGCGCAUUUAAUACAGAAGCAAUUGAAUUGAAUUUCGUAUUGAUUGUGCCGAGAUCUAUUUCUUUAUUAUUUAUUUGUUGUUACAUUCACUGGAACCAAGGAAAUUCCUUUCUUUUUUUUAA